CUUCAGUCAAAAACGCGGAUCACAUUCAUAUUCAUAUUCAGACGCAGAUAUGGACCUGCUUCGGCUCUGGCGCGCGUUUACUCUCAUUUAUUUGCCGUUUUUAUGCAGCGCCAUUGAUUUUAAGACGCGGACGGGACCGCAAGUAACGGACAAGGUGUUUUUUGACAUCACUGUCGGAGGACACGAGGUUGGCAGGAUCGUGAUCGGUCUGUUCGGAGAACUCGCUCCUCUCACUGUGCAGAACUUCCUGACUCUCGCCACAGGAGAGAAGGGUUACGGGUAUAAAGACAGCAAGUUCCAUCGUGUGAUCAAGGACUUCAUGAUCCAGGGAGGAGAUUUCACAUCCGGCGACGGAACCGGUGGGAAGAGCAUCUACGGGAACACGUUUGCGGACGAGAGCUUCCGGCUCCGGCAUCUGGGCCCCGGAUGGGUCAGCAUGGCGAACGCCGGGCCCGACACCAACGGCUCGCAGUUCUUCAUCACGCUAGCCAGAGCGCCGUGGCUCGACGGCAAACACGUGGUGUUCGGGAAAGUCUUGGAGGGGAUGGCUGUGGUUCACACCAUUGAACUCCAGGACACGAACGAGAGUAACCUGCCGUACACCGAGUGUGUGAUCGUCAACAGCGGGAAGAUCGAGGUGAAGGAUCCGCUCGUGGUGGAAGUGGAGGGAUGGUGAACAUUACUGAUCUCACACACACACACACACUUCAUCUUCAUAUCUGUGUUGUGCUGUGAGUGUAUUG